AUGGGUGGGGCGGUGGUCCUGUCCGCGACAUCUCUGGCCUCCAAGUAUGGUUGCCCGCAGGCCUGGCCACAGCCCCUCCACGCCACCCCCCAGUCCACCGCCCCGAUCCUCCCUCGGACACGACAGCCAGCAGAGCAGCACACCUCUAAGCCCGCCCAACCCACCCGACCGCCAACCGCAGCCCAGCGCCCGACCCCGGGCCAGGACCACAGAAGGAAGCCGUGGAAAGAAGGCCACGGCGGCCCCAGUUACCGGGCACCCCACCAACCCGCCCCCCCCCCAAAUCCGGGGGCGCCCCAGCCCAUCAGCCACCCACACCCCCGCAUGGCCACAAAACAGUCCAGCCCCUCCAUCAAAGCGGGGCCACAUCCCAAUAAACGUCGGCUAAUACCCCCCCGCCGGAGCGCGGCACCCCCCCAGCCGGCAGACCAGGGCGCAAAGCCAGGGGCCAAGAUCCAAGGGAACGCAAGCGAUCCCGAGAGAGCCGAAACGCCAGCCCAGCACCACACAAUCCCCAAGACCCGACCCCCAACCCCAGCUCAAACCCGACUAGAGGGCCCAUUCCCUCUCCCGGCCUCCGACCACAGAUGA